AUGGAUUCUCACACUCAAUGUGAGUCUGAAGUUGAAGAGGGAUAUGAGGAGGAGUCUGAUUCUGAAGUUGGUGGUUUGGCUAUGGCUUCUGCAUUCGUUUCCUCAUUUGUCUUUGACCCCGAAUGUAAUGGCCUCCUCAUCAACACCAAAGUGAGUGACGAUGACAAUCCUCCAGCCUACUUCUGCAUGGCAAAAGGCUUCAAGCCACCGCUCGGCGCUCUCCCCCGCACCGCCGGAUCGGCCCAUCCCCGCCAGUUCCGCCGCUCGCACCCGUCAGCGCCGCCACGUGCCAGCACGCCCCGCUGUCCCCGCCACCGCCGGCGCUGUCCGAUCCCCCACUCUGGCGAGCCUGCCGCACUUCCCUGCUUACUCUUCGUAAGCAACGCCGGGCGCUCGUAUCUGGUAACUGCGGCAUCCCAGCUAGCCUCUCACGCCGCUUUCGGUGUCCGCCCUCCUCUGCAGGAACCCGAAUCGCUGGCGACGCGGCGGCCGCAGCUCUCGCGGGAGGAAGAGCGGUGCGUACUCCUCGUGCUCUCCCGGGUAAAUAAGGCAAUUCGAGGAUGGGACCACGACAAGGUGGACGAUGGGAAGCAAGGGUGCGCAUCGGAUCAGUACUACAAUGACUCUGAACUGAAAGAUGAAUUCAUUUGCAUGUCCAUUUAUCAUAUUCAGAAGUUACAUUGGGAUCCUGGUUACCAAUUCAAUGCGGGGAAAGUUGUAAGCCUUGUCACGGAUGACCGACAUAGUUUGAGUAAAGAUUCUGCACAGUUUGGAAUUGUGUUAGGCAAUCUCCUCCAGCUCUUGUGCUCUUUAGUUGAGCAAAGUUACAUGGAAGACAUGGACCGACGAGAUGUAUUUGUGAAACUUGCAGAUGUCAUUCCUAGAUUAGCAACUUACUUACAAGAGCAACAACAUAUCCCAAAAAGUCUCUCUCAGUAUUCAAAGCACAAAAUAUUGUUGUUAAUGAUAAGGCUUAAGCCUCACAUACACCAGAACUGCUCACAUAUUGUUUGUUUGCUGAAAUUACUUCGACACCACUUUGAGAGUCUACUCCAUGAACCUAUGUUCCAACAUAGCACUAAACUGGAGAAUUGUUUAGAAGGAUCCCCAUUUUUGUUGAGUGGUGUAGGUUUGGGCGAGCUUCAGGAUAAAUCUACCCGACACUUACAAAGACAGGCUAUGUAUUUGUUUCUUAGUUGUUCGAUAUUCUUGGCUUGCAGUGGAAAUGAUAGUAGACUGAAUUGUUCAUGUAAGAGCGACCACAAAGGGCAAAGCUGCACUGAUAAUUGCAACUAUUUUGGCUUGUCAGAAAUAUCGGUUUGGUUUAAGAGAUGUUGCUUAGACGAGAUUUUGGACUCAAAAUCAUCAACAGACAUUGUUUUACGCUUUCUGCAGUUAUAUAUGGAGGAGGACGAUAUGUUAUUCAUCAUUCUCUUGCAGCUUUUGGAUGCUCCACUUAUUUCGUUGGCAAUAGAUAAGAUGGAAACUAAAUGGACGUCUGAACUGAUUGGUGCCAAACUGUUCUCCACCAUUUUUGACCCACUUUAUAUUUUUCAUCAAUGGCUUUCAUUGCUGACUUCAUACUGUCAUGGUUUCUUGGUGUUGUGUUAUCAAAGAUGUAGAAACAAACUUCCAGUAGUUUAUGCACUACACUAUGACGUCGCCGAGGAGGAUCACAGGCAAGGACAGCGGUGCGGGGAGGCGGCCUCGCGGAAGAGCGCGGCGUGGAGCGCGGCCCUCGAGGAGGCCAUGGCCGGCGUCUCGGAGCACGGCGAGGGCCGCGUCAGGUACCUGGUGGACACGUUCGAGAGGCUCCUGUCUCUCUCCUGCGGCGACCGCGAGACGCGGAGCGGAGGCGGCGCGGGGAGGAGGAGGAGGAAGAAGGAGUCGGCCUCGGUGCUGUCGUCGCCGCAGAAGGCCGAGGAGAUCGACAUGGCGUCGUACCCCUCCGUCGCGUCGUCGUCCGACCUCUCCUACUGCAUCGUCGGCCUCCCCCAUCACAAUCACCGAAGACAUUCUUAA